AUGGCUGCAGAAGGUGAAGACUUUGCAAAGGCUUCCGCUCGUCCUGGCUUAUCAAACGGCGGAAGCUUUGUGGCUCCCGCGAUUUGCCAAGGACUGGAAGCAACAAGCGCAAGCAGAGACGCGGAAGCAGCAGGAAUCGCCGCGGAGGACGCAACGGGAACGGCGGCGGGAGAAGCAGCAGGAGCGCCCGACGCGAUUGGAGCGUCCACCCCGCCUCGUGAGGCGAACCCGGCCAGUCCGUCGCAUGCUCUCCGCGCGAGCCUCUCCGCGCCCCCGCGCAUGCUGAGCAAGAAGCCGCCCGACAGCAUGCCGCUGCUGCGCCUACCGCUGGGCCUGUCGCCGUCCGCUUGGCCGCAAGGCUCUGCAGUGAAACGGCAGCUUGGCCGAGAUAACACGAGGCGAGAUGACACGCGGCUGGAUUUGACUAUGCAGGGACUAAGCUCUCAACAGGGAGGGGGAUCGGACGGUUCAGAUGGUCCUUGCUGGAAGAAGCGCGCCGUUGGGGGUGAUUCGCCGGGCGUACCCGCUGUUGCGCUGACCGCGGUCCCCCCGGGAACCCCGAAUAACGGCGCGCCACCUUUCCUCUCGCAACCGUCAAACUCCCCCCUUGGGUUGUCGCUUCCCUCCACCAGCACCUCACCCAGCCCUCACGCUGCGCGGGCGCAAGGUCCACUUCCGCCGCUGUCCCUUCCGCCCCCCGCUGCCCCUCUCCCCUCUCCGCAACCUUCCCCCGCGCCGACUCCCGACGGCGGGUGGCCGGGAACAGCUGGCGCAAGUCCGCGCAACCCUCCGAACCAGGGGGGACCGCAAGAUCCUGCCAAUUCCCCACACUACCGCGGGGUGCGGUUGCGCCCAUGGGGAAAAUGGGCGGCGGAAAUCCGCGAUACCGCUAACAGCGCGCGCCUGUGGCUGGGCACGUUCCCCACGGCGGAAACGGCGGCGCUGGCGUAUGACGUGGCAGCGAUGGCGAUUCGAGGAAACAAGGCGAAACUUAAUAUGGAGCAGCACAGAGAGCUGGCGAGCGAGGUUCGCGAUCUGGUGAGAACGCUGAAAGCGGCGGCAAAGGCGGCGCAGGAUGCGGCGGCGGCGCGCGCGUAUGCGGAGGCGAUGGCGGAUGCUGGCGGAGAGGAGGGAAAGCCGCUAGAGCUGAAGAGCGAAACCGCGACAGGGAACGGCGAGGAUCGAGCAGCGAACGGCGACACUUUGAGUGAACGGCUGGGAAUGGUCAGGGAUGGUGACAAUGGUUUAGAGGCAUCUCAAAACGAGGGGGGCGGAAACGAGAAGUCGGCGGGUCGGGAAGGCGGGAAAUAUGCGGCGGUGGUGGAAGGUACAGGCGGAACGCGCAACGCGCAGGAGAAAGACCGGAUGACGGAACCGCGAAUCGGGCAGGGAAACGGGCAGGAGAACGGGCAGGCGACCGGGCAGGAGAACGGGCAGGGAAACGGGCAACUCCCAAUGCUGCGACAGGCCCCGCCACAGGCGCCGCUUCUCCACGUGGUGAUGGGGAAGGUGGUUACCACUAUGGUGGAUAAGUAUGGCGGGGGGAUGGGGAAUUGGAGCAGGGCCGUUGGCGCUAAUCAGGGCGCGCUGGGGAGCGGGGGAAGCGGGGGAGGCGGAGGAAGCAGCGGGGGAAGCGGGGGAAGUGGAGCUCCUGAGGGUAUUGGGGCAGGGGGGGGAGUUGGGGGAGGUGCGGCGAAUGGGGGAAAUUGGGGGAAUGGGGAGACAAAAAUGGGUGCCGUGGGAGGGGGUGCUGUGGGUGCAGAUAUGGGAGGGGUUGGAGGGAACGCGGGGCAGCAGGUGGACAGGAAAGAGUUGGUUACAUCCCCCUUACAAGCUCUCUCGUUAAACCAGGGAGUCUCGCCCAUGCAAUGCCAGGCCUCCUUCAUAGAAAGGAACACGUCCCCUGUACUACCCCAAGUGAAGGUCGAGCACGUUCCUGCUUUUAUCGAGUCAGCUUACAAAGGUUCGGUGUUGCAAACAGGAGGGCAGUUCGUGAGUGGAGCAACUGCGUUUGCUGGUAACCAUGUAACCAGUUCGUGUGUGGUUGCACCCAGCGUCACACCUCCGCCUGUAGCUGUACCGAGUGUGCUUUCAGGGGGGAUGACAGGGACGCACUCAGAGCCGCCCGCACCUUCUAAGACUGCGUUUAAGGGGGAGGCUUGUAGAGGGGAUGGGGGGAGCAGCAGCAGCAGUAGCAGCAGCGGUGGCAGAAGCAGCAGGCAGAGUGGGGGCGAGGAGAUGGGUGAUGGCAUAGGGGGCAGGAAUGGCAUGGAUGGCAUGGGGGGUGGGGCAGGUGAAGCAGAGAGGAUGGAGGUGGAUGGACGGACACAGGAAGCAGGGCGAAGCUUUGAAGGGUUGGUGGGCACGGUGCAAUGUGCGUUUGAACAUCUCACUCCUAAAUCGCCUCACCUUAUGCAGCAGGGCGGUGGCGGGAACGCUGGGGUAUUAUUUGGCAGUGAGCGAACGACGACACCUGGCAUGGUAUCAGGGUCUCGUGGCGUGGAUGAUGUGCCACGUGGCAUGGUAUCAGCGUCACGGGGCAUGGAUCAAACGCCACGUGGCGUUGCACAGGCGCCUGCUUGCCUGUGCCACCACACCCACGUGAACAUGCAGGCACACACCCAUGCUUCUGUUUCUGAGGCGCCUCAGAAUCAUGUGCACUUGCAUGCGCAAACCCGUGCAUUUGAUGACACACGCACUCAGCCUUGCACUUUGUCACUCCCUCAGCCUCACUCUCAGUCACACACUCACUCACAGACUCACUCACAGACUCACUCACACACUCAGUCACACACUGAGCCACACUCACAGCCUGCAGUGCUGCAGCCUUACCACACCCACGAUCAUCCCAGCAGCACGAGCUAUCCCACACAGUCGUUAGACAUGCCACCUGUAGCAGCAUUGCAAGCGCCCAUGCUACCCCCACCUGUCAUGCAAACGCCCUUGCUGACCUCCCCUGCUGGUGCUGCUUCAGGUGGUUCUUCAGGCGCGGCUUCUGUCGCCCCUUCAGGUGUUGGCACAGGUGUUCCUUCAGGCGGUCCUUCAGGUGGUGCUUCAGGUGGGUUUUCAGCUCAACCCCCUGCCGAACGACCGGGAUGGCAUUACACAGAAUCUCAUCGAGCAACAGAGAAAGCAGCAGAGGAGAUUGGCAGCAUAAAGAAAGAGAAUGUCGUCUCUACUGGUGGAGGAGGAGGAGGAGAAGGAGGAGUAGAAGGAGGAGGAGGAGGAGGAGGAGGAGGAGGAGGAGGAGGAGGAGGAGGAGGAGGAGGAGGAGGAGGAGGAGGAGGAGGAGGAGGAGGAGGAACGGGGAUAAGCGGGCUCGCCCAGGGUACCAGCCUCGGCGAUCCCAGGUUCGGGGCCGAAAAUCACAGGCUCGGGAUUGAGGACCUCAGGUUUGGGAUCCUUCCAAACCAGGAGGUUGAUGGGGAGGACGAGCCGUGCCUGCUGCCCAUGCCUGAUGGUCAGGAAUGGGAAAGGUUCGGUUCGGACCUGCCGUACCCACCCGAGCAGGCUUUUUCUGGGUGGCGGUUAGUGAGUGACUCAGUAACGGAGACAGGCACAGAAACCACAGGAACCGUGCCUACAGUAACAGCUGUUACUGAUACAGGCGCCACUGUAACGAAUACAGGUGGCACUGUAACGGAUUGUGAGGGCCUGAGCAGUGACUUCAAAGGGCUGACUUGUUCCGGGCAGAGGGGAGGAGGGGGAGGAGGGAGAGGAGGGGGAGGAGGAGGGUUUAACCAGGUCGGAGCGACACUAACCCUUGAGACUCCUGAGAGGUCUCUGACCUGUUCUGCUAGGAGCGAAGGGGUGAGAGGUGAUAGCGUGCCAGCAUCAGCGCGUUUUGAGACGCCAGAGACGUUAGAGAAUCCUGUGAGAGGCUCUGGGAGGAAGGAGGGGGUGAGUGGAGGGGUGAGAGCGGCAGGAAUCAGGACUGCCCACUUCCGCCCUAACGCUGCCAUUGUGGAGGCACUCAGGAACGGUGAGGGACGGUUGGAUGGGGUGGAAGCACCGAUGGCGCCUCAGAAUAUGAUUAACUUACAGCAAGGAUUGGUGCAGCACGGUGGGGUGCAGCAAGGUGGGGUUCAGCAAGGUGGGGUGCAGCACAGUGUGGUGCAGCAAGGUGGAGUGCAGCAGGGAUUGGUGCAGCAAGGUGGGGUGCAGCACGGUGGGGUGCAGCAAGGUGGGGUGCAGCACGGUGGGGUGCAGCACGAAGCAGGUCAGAGGCAGCCGCAGCAGUGGCAGCAACAACAGGACCAGCAGCAGCAACAGCUGCAACAGUGUCAGCAGCAGCAGUAUCAGCAGCAGCAGCAGUAUCAGCAGAAGCAGCAGUUUCAACAGCAGCAGCAGCAGCAGCAGCAGCAGCAGCAGCAGCAGAUGCAGCAGUAUCAGCAGCAACAGCAGCAGCAGUAUCCGCAGCAGUUUCAGCAGCAGCAGCAGCAGCAGCAACAGUAUCAGCAGCAGCAAUAUCAGCAGCAACAGCAGCAGUAUUAUCAGCAGGAGCAGCAGCAGCAAUAUCAGCAGUCUCAACUGCAGCAGUAUCAGCAGUAUCAGCAGCAGCAGCAGCAGCAGCAGCAGCAGCAGCAGCAGCAGCAGCAGCAGCAGCAGCAGCAGCAGCAGCAGCAGCAGCAGCAGCAGCAGCAGCAGCAGCAGCAGCAGCAGCAGCAGCAGCAGCAGCAGCAGCAGCAGCAGCAGCAGCAGCAGCAGGAGCAGCAGCAGCAGCAACAGAAUAACCAGCAUCUCUACGCACAUUCAUGCAUCCAACCAGGCAUUUCUCCCAUCCUACCCCACCCAGGGAACAUCUGCCCCCGGGUUUUCUGCCCCCAUCUCCCUGCCUCCUGCGUCCACGAGUCCACAGCCCCUGCUUCCGACCCGUUCUUCUCCCCCUCUCCUUCCACCACUCCCCCAUCCUCCUCCUCCCCAAUCCUUCUAGCCACCGACCCUCAGCAAAAGCACACACCCGUGUCCCACUCAUCGGCUCGUGUGCUCAUUUUCAGCGAUCCCUCCCCGUCCCCUGCUCAUUCCUCUGCUGCAUUCGAGAACGAAACUCAAGGCUCUGCUGCUACCAAAGGCCCUGGGAAGAUCAACGAGAAGCUUGAAGACCUCGGCGAGGUUCUGAACGGCGAUCGCAUGGUUCAGGCCCCUUACGAGCUGAACUUCCGCGUAGAUCACGAACGCACCACACUCUGCAAGCGAACUCUCGCCGUUAAGGACGUCCAGAAGUUCCGCGAUGCGGUCAUGAACGACUACUAUUUUCAGAUGUACUACGACGAUCUCCCGAUCUGGGGUUUCAUCGGCAAGGUCGACACGGAUCCCAAGAACCAGCACUUUUUCCUCUUCACGCACGUGCAUUUUGAGGUAGAGUACAACAACGACCGCGUGGUGGAGAUCAGCGUGGCGACUGAUGCGGGUACCGCGGUGGACAUUACCGAGGAUAAGGAGAUGGAGGUGGAAUUCACGUAUUCCGCCAAGUGGAAGCAGACGGACAAGUCGUUUGACAAGCGCAUGGACAAGUACUCGCGCUACUCGUUCCUCCCGCAGCAUCUGGAGAUCCACUGGUUCUCGAUCAUCAACUCGUGUGUCACGGUGCUGCUGCUUACCGGAUUCCUGGCGACCAUUCUCAUGCGCGUCCUCAAGAACGACUUCAUCAAGUACUCGCGUGACGAGGAGUCGUCCGAGGAGCAGGAGGAGACCGGUUGGAAGUACAUCCACGGCGACGUCUUCCGCUUCCCCAAGAACAAGGACUUCUUCUGUGCCGUUCUUGGCAGCGGCACUCAAUUGCUCUUCCUGGUCAUUUUCAUCUUUAUCCUCGCGCUUGUCGGCGUGUUUUACCCCUACAAUCGCGGUGCUCUGUGGACGGCGCUGGUGGUGAUCUAUGCGUUGACCUCUGGAAUUGCUGGGUACACAGCUGCAUCUUUCUACAAGCAGAUGGAGGGCACCAACUGGGUGCGCAACAUUCUGCUGACGGGGUGCAUGUUCUGCGGGCCGGUGUUCAUCUCCUUCUGCUUCCUCAACACCGUCGCCAUCGUCUACAACUCCACCAACGCCAAGCCCUUCGGCACCAUCGUCAUCAUCAUCCUCAUCUGGGCGCUCAUCACCUUCCCCCUCCUCGUGGCCGGCGGUAUCGCCGGCAAGAAGAGCAACGCGGAGUUCCAGGCGCCCUGCCGGACGACUAAGUACCCGAGGGAGAUUCCGGUGCUGCCCUGGUAUCGCCACACUGUGCCUCAGAUGGCCAUGGCUGGGUUCCUGCCGUUCAGCGCGAUUUAUAUCGAGCUGUAUUACAUCUUUGCGAGCGUGUGGGGGCACAAGGUGUACACGAUCUACAGCAUCCUCUUUAUAGUGUUCAUCAUUCUCAUCAUUGUGACAGCGUUCAUCACGAUUGCGCUCACGUACUUCCAGCUUGCUGUUGAGGACCACGAGUGGUGGUGGAGGUCUGUGCUGUGCGGUGGGUCCACCGCGCUCUUCAUCUUUGGCUACUGCUUCUACUACUACUACGCUCGCUCCGACAUGACCGGCUUCAUGCAGACGUCUUUCUACUUUGGCUUCAUGGCCUGCGUCUGCUACGGCUUCUUCCUCAUGCUCGGCACCGUCGGGUUCCGCGCCUCGCUGUCGUUCGUGCGCCACAUCUACCGCUCGAUUAAGUGCGACUGA